AUGAAGGCGAUUCUCCCUCUGCUGACGCUGGCCAGCGCAGCCAGCGCUUUGCACUUGUACAUUGACAACACCAAGCCCAAGUGCUUCUUCGAGGAGCUGCCCAAGGACACCCUGGUGGUCGGACAUUACAAUACCGCCGAAUUUGACGAUAGAACCAACAGCUGGCAACAGCAUGACGGCAUCAGCACCUAUAUCUCGGUCGACGAGACCUUUGACAAUGACCACCGGGUCGUCUCGCAGCGCGGCGCUGCCAACGGCCGCUUCACCUUCACCGCCGCCGAGGCUGGCGAGCACAAGAUCUGUUUCACGCCCAACUCCAACAGCGGGCGGAACGGCGGCGUCAAGUUGAACCUCGACCUGGCUAUCGGCGAGUCUAGCAAGCUCGAGAGCACGGACAAGGGCAAGCUCGAGGACCUCGAAGGCCGCCUGCGCGAUCUCAACUCGCGCCUCAACGGCAUCCGACGCGAACAGGUGUUCCAGCGCGAACGCGAGGCUGAUUUUCGUGAUCAGUCUGAGGCUACCAACGCCCGUGUCAUCCGCUGGAUCGUUAUCCAGCUUGUCGUGCUCGGCGUCACCUGCACUUGGCAGUUGUCACACCUGCGGUCCUUCUUCAUCAAGCAAAAGCUCACCUAG